UUUUUUUAUUUUCUUGUUUCCUCUUCGAGAAGCUUUGCGGAUGAUUUAAUUUAGAUCAUUUAAUUUGUUCUCCGGCCACGUGACCCGCGGAGACGCGGUUCCUCCCGGUGACGUGGGUCCGUAAACACGGAAAAAACGGGAGGACAAACACGGACGAGCCGCCGGAGCCCGAAGAGUUUGAACGACUGGGACCGUGAUCGACGCUGGAGGCGAACGGAGAACUGUGACCCGGACCCGACCGGACCGGACCGGACCCGCGGAGCGUCGGUUCCUCGGAGGAUGGGGGGAUGCGUUGCCUGGUAACGAGACCGGAGCCGAGGAUGAAAACAGGCCGCGACUCCAGAGUCUGAAUCUGUCCAUCGGUCCACGUCGGUUUAAAAUCGAGGUGUUUGUGAUGAUGCGUUCAGGGUGAAGAUGCCGUGCUCCUGUUCAGAGUGGAGGAGGUGGAUCCGUCCCCUGGUCCUGGUCCUCUACGUCCUCGUCCUGGUGGCCGUCCUGCCCCUGUGUGUGUGGGAGCUCCAGAAGGACGAGGUGGGGACGCACAGCAAAGCCUGGUUCAUAGCCGGAGUCUUCGUCUUCCUCACCAUCCCCGUGUCUCUGUGGGACAUCCUGCAACACCUGGUCCACUACACCCAGCCAGAGCUACAGAAACCCAUCAUCAGGAUCCUAUGGAUGGUUCCCAUCUACAGUCUGGACAGUUGGCUGGCGCUGCGCUACCCCGGCCUGGCCAUCUACGUGGACACGUGCAGGGAGUGCUACGAGGCCUACGUCAUCUACAACUUCCUGGUGUUCCUGCUGAACUUCCUCAGCAACCAGUACCCGAGCCUGGUGCUCAUGCUGGAGGUGCAGCAGCAGCAGCCCCACCUGCCCCCGCUGUGCUGCUGCCCCCCGUGGCCGAUGGGAGAGGUGCUGCUGUUCAGGUGUAAGCUGGGAGUCCUCCAGUACACUGUGGUCAGACCCGUAACCACGGUGAUAGCACUCAUCUGUCAACUCUGUGGAGUUUACGACGAAGCCAACUUCAGCUUCAGGAACGCUUGGUCCUACCUGGUCAUAAUCAACAACAUAUCACAGCUGUUUGCCAUGUACUGUCUGGUGUUGCUGUACCGAGCUCUCAGAGAGGAGUUGACUCCCAUCAGGCCUGUGGGAAAGUUCCUCUGCGUCAAACUGGUUGUGUUCGUCUCGUUUUGGCAGGCGGUUUUCAUAGCGUUUCUGGUGAAAGUCGGUGUGAUCUCCGACAAACACACCUGGGACUGGGACAGCGUAGAGGCCGUGGCUACUGGACUCCAGGACUUCAUCAUCUGCAUAGAGAUGUUCCUGGCUGCCAUCGCUCACCACUACACCUUCACCUACAAGCCCUACGUACAGGAAGCGGAGGAGGGGUCGUGUUUCGACAGUUUCUUGGCCAUGUGGGAUUUCUCCGACAUCAGAGCUGACGUCACAGAGCAGGUUCGCCAUGUUGGUCGUACGUUCCUGGGUCGUCCCAACAAGAUGUAUUUCGGCACCGCUGCUCGACCCGAACACACCGAGCACACUGGCCUCCUCACCUCGCAGGAUCCCGUCGCCGUGGCCGCCACGUCGAUGCCCUCCUCCCCUUCGUCGAGUGGGCGGUACCAAGGGCUCGGGCACACCCCUGCCCCUCACUCCAUCUCCGCCCCCGCAGGGUUCACGUCUGCAGCCUGGGAGGACGACAGCGACAACUCGCCUCCGGAGACAAGGGGCGUCAUCCAAUGAGAAGGGUUCUGUAUUAAAGACAGAAUGAAAUCAGGAUAAAACCAUGAAGUUGGACUGAAUGAAAACAAAGAGUGUCCCCUGUGAUGUCAAAGCCAUGUUUGUUGAAAGACUUUGGUAUAAUUACUCUGAAAUAAUUACUCAGAUAUACGUGUUUUGGUGUCGCAUUGUGUAAUUUUGAUAAACGUGCUCGUAGCUGUUGACAAAAGACGACAUUUGAGAUUUUAUCUGCAUGUUGUUCUCUUGGUUUUACGGUGCUGAAGUGUCCUUGAGCUGGUUUUAACUAUUUAACUCACAAUAAACAUCAUUACGCCACA